AUGGCCAUUACAUGGAGAGCUCCUGCAAGUGCCUUUCUCCUCUUGAGUUUAGUUCUGGCAACAUGUGAAGCUAGGCCUCGUGGUGCACCUGGUACAGUGGUUGGACAGGCUACCCGUACAGUGGCUGAUAUUGCUCGCCACGAUGCUAGGAAUUCCAAGAGAGACCCUAAUGAAAAAAUCUUCAACGUCUUAGAUUUUGGUGCUACACCUGAUGGGAAAAAAAUGAGCACAAUGAUCAUUGUCAUCCGAACCUUACUCCCAAAAGUUGAUUGUUCAAAAAAAAAAAAAACUGUUCUUGUUUUGCAGGCAUUCCAGAAGGCAUUCAGUGCUGCAUGCCAAUGGAAGGGAAAGACACGAGUACUUGUUCCUCGGGGAGUUUUCUUAGUAGGGGCCCUCAUCCUUCAAGGGCCAUGCCAGGGUCCACCUCCUUUCAUCGUUCAAGUCUCAGGAACCGUGAAAGCAGUGACUGAUAUAAGCGAAUAUGCUGAUGGUGUUUGGGUCCUAUUUGACGGAAUCAAUGGCUUAGUACUUACUGGUGGAGGCACCUUUGAUGGCCAAGGUGCUCAAAGUUGGCAAUAUGCGGAUUGCAAAACAAAUCCUGACUGCCAACCACUCCCAGUCUCAAUAAAAUUCAAUCACAUAUCAAAUGCAAUCAUUAGAGGAAUCACUUCACUUAAUAGUAUGGGAUUCCACCUUGGAAUUGUUCUCAGCGAAAAUAUCAGGGCAUACAACAUUCACCUAAUUGCACCUGCUGAUAGCCCCAACACUGAUGGAAUCCAUAUCAGCCAAUCCAGACUGAUCAAAGUCGCCAGAAGUGUCAUUGCUACAGGUGAUGAUUGCCUCUCUGUCAUUCGUGACAGCUCCGACGUUAGCGUCAAGAAAGUGACCUGCGGCCCCGGACAUGGCAUCAGUAUUGGUAGUCUAGGCAAGUACCCAGAUGAGCACCUCACAUCUAAAGUGAUUGUGAAGAACUGCACAUUAUUAAACACAGAUAAUGGAGUAAGAAUCAAAACAAAGGCAGGAUCAGUCAGGGGUCAAGCUUCGGGGAUCAUAUUCCAGGACAUUAUCAUGAAAGAUGUUAGAAACCCCAUCAUCAUAGAUCAGAACUACGAAUCCAGCAAGGGAAAGGUUAGCUUCUUUUCUUUUUCUGACUACUUAAAAUUGAGACAAACUCCAUUGUACCUAACUUUUGAGUUCUGUGUUGUGCAGUCAUCACUUGUAAAGAUCAGCGACGUCCAUUUCAUCAACAUUAGAGGAACCACAUCCUCAAAUGUCGGUGUCAAUCUUCUGUGCAGCAACCAAAAUCCUUGCCAGAAUGUUCAACUUGCCAACAUUGAUUUGCACUACACUGGUCCACAGAGAGGAUUGCCCCUGUCUUCAUCAUGUGCUAAUGCAAGAAUAAACUAUGCCGGUGUCCAAAACCCUCCACCUUGUCGAUAGA